GGAAACCCUGCCAGCCUACUGGGCCCUCCUACCGACCUGUCCCGGGCUCAAGCCCCGCUCCACCAAAGUGGGUGAAAGGUCUGGCGGCUCGGCUCUAAAGCUGGGGCAGCAGAGCAAAACUGACGGAACGACUCCUGACUGACCAUGGCAGACAAGCCGAGGCCUAUCAGCCCGCUCAAGAACCUGCUAGCCGGAGGCUUUGGCGGCGUGUGCUUGGUGUUUGUGGGGCACCCUCUGGACACUGUCAAGGUCCGACUGCAGACACAGCCACCAAGUUUGCCUGGGCAGCCUCCCAUGUACUCUGGGACCAUUGACUGCUUCCGGAAGACUCUUAUUAGAGAGGGCAUCACAGGGCUGUACCGUGGUAUGGCUGCUCCUAUCAUUGGGGUCACCCCCAUGUUUGCAGUGUGCUUUUUUGGGUUUGGUCUGGGGAAGAAACUACAGCAGAAAUCUCCAGAGGAUGUGCUUAGCUAUCCCCAAAUAUUUGCUGCUGGGAUGUUAUCUGGUGUGUUUACCACAGGAAUCAUGACCCCUGGUGAACGGAUCAAGUGCUUAUUACAGAUUCAGGCUUCUUCAGGGGAAACCAAGUACAAUGGAACCUUGGAUUGUGCAAAAAAGCUGUACCAGGAAUCUGGGAUCCGAGGCAUCUACAAAGGCACUGUGCUCACCCUUAUGAGAGAUGUUCCAGCCAGUGGGAUGUAUUUCAUGACAUACGAGUGGCUGAAAAAUAUUUUCACUCCAGAGGGAAAGAGUGUCAGUGAACUCAGUGCUCCUCGAAUCCUGGUAGCUGGGGGAUUUGCAGGGAUCUUCAACUGGGCUGUGGCAAUCCCUCCAGAUGUGCUCAAGUCCCGCUUCCAGACUGCACCUCCUGGAAAAUAUCCUAAUGGUUUCAGAGAUGUGCUGAGAGAGCUGAUCCAAAAUGAAGGAAUCACAUCCUUGUACAAAGGGUUUAAUGCAGUGAUGAUCCGAGCCUUCCCAGCCAAUGCAGCCUGUUUCCUUGGGUUUGAAGUUGCUAUGAAGUUCCUUGACUGGGUUGCCCCAAACUUGUGAGGAUGAAGGCUGCUGAAGGCUUCUGGAUGCUGAACACUCAUGGAGGAGAAGCAGUGCACAGGACUAGGCAGUCCUGAAGGGUGAGGGGAGGGGAUGGUGAGAUCAGAGCUCUGAGUAUGGACAUGCUGAAACCUUUGCCUUAAUGAUGUCUCCCUUCUAUGACUUGGUGUGCCAUUUUGAAACUUGAAUUCCCUCAAAGGAUUUGGCAAUGGAAGAAGUAGCUUCUUGAUCAGAUACCACCUGUGGCCAGAGUGCUGGUUGUUGGUUGACUGCUGGCCCCACUGCACCCCAAUACUCCUAGCUAAAGAGGCAAUCUAAUCCUCUCACUAAAAGCACUAUGCAUAUUUUCACUGGCUGACCAGAAACUAGGAUCUUCUUCAAACCCUAGUCAGGAAAAUCAACAGAUUGCCAGGGUGCCAUUUCUUUUUCUUUUUUUCUUUUUUCUUUUUUUUUGGUACUGGGGAUUGAACUCGGGUCCUUCCGCUAUCGAGGCAGGUGGCGGAACCACUGAGCUAAAUCCCUGGCCCUAGGGUGCCAUUUCUAAUCCUAGGCUACACACAGGAAUGUAGACUUAAAGCCCACAUCUGUCUGUCCAAGUAGACUGGGUGGAUAUGCCUAAGAACAGAUGGCCUGUUAACCAUCAGAUUUUAAUUUUUUUUUUUUUUUUUUUUUUGGUACCAGGGAUUGAACUCAGGACCUUGGGCUUUUUACACAAGCAGAUAAUAAAAAAUAAAGCUAGAGUAGUGUAAUUUCUCAGGAGUAGGUGAAGAACUACCCCCCCCCCCCCCAAUGCGAACAGUUUCAGCCUGCUGGGAUAAGUACAAAAACCCAUGAUAUAGGAAGGUUCUUUUUACACACUCUUCUUAUGAGAGUGUCCAUGAAGCAAUAAAUGUUGUUCCUCAUUUU